AUGGAUUCCGAGGAAGGCGGAACGAGCAAAGCUAACCUGCCCCGCCCUUCCAUCUCGAGUGAUCCGUUCGCUGCUUACCAUCACCGCAAGCCCCUGAUAUCCACCGACUUGGACCAGUUUUCUUUGGAUGCUGCUAUUGGUGAUGCCUUCAAAGCAGUCUUGGGCACCACCACUGAGGAACCAGCCGAAGAGGCCUCUGAUAAUGAUGGUGAGUUCAAUUUUGACGACACCAUUAGUCAAGCAUUCAAAAAGGUCAUGGCUGAAGCAAAGCAAGAAAGUAAUGAGCCUGAGAUUGGCGAACCCUACAAAAAUGACCAACUGCGAGCUGAGCAUUACCCUGACCAGCAUGACAGUCAUGCUAUCGAAUCAAAUAAUCAUCACGACUCAGCCGAAGCCAGCUUUGACUUGGAAGGCGCUAUCGAUGCCGCUUUCGAACUGAUACCUGCCAAUGGAGCAGCAGCCGACGAGCGAGAUGGCUCAGUGACCCCUAACAGCCACCAUGACAAUGGCAUCGAUAUGAGAGCCGAGAUCAAGGAUGUUUUCGAAGAAAUGGAAUCACUGUCGUACCCUCGUAAAGACUCAGAAAACGCUUCAGAUAAACUAGAUUUAGAGGGCGUGAUAAGUGGUGCUUUCGAAGGUCUUGCCAAAUCAGCCGAACCAGAGAUAGUUCAUCUGACUCAUCGAUCUGCUCAGGAGACUGAAUCGGCGGUUUUAAACGCUGAAGCAAGUAAUGAUGAAGUGGGUGACCAUGAACUCCCUAUUGAGAACGACGACGACGACGACGAUGAGUUCACUUCAGCAAUUGGUGAAGCAUUCAAAGCAUUUCCUGAGCUUGGAGCAAGCGUAGGCAAGUCCGCAUCUUCCGAUCCGGAGGUCCCAGCUCAUAAAGAAUCAAGCAGCGUCAACUCAGUACAACAAAUCAGUUCGAAUGAACCCUACAGCUUACGUAUGACUCUGAGAAGUACGACGCCACAUCUGCCAGCAACACUGCCAAAAACGCGUUCAGCUCUGCCCCCUGUCAUGGAUAAUAAUAUUGAUGAUGUUGUCGUUACGAAGAUCGAGUCCCACGCCUCAAGUCGGGAGAUCAGCCAGGCACCUUCUGGUCUGUCGUCACCAAAGGCCGAGGUUGAACACGGCGGGCCAAGUGAUGACGAUGACCUCAACGCCGUGAUAUCAAAUGCGCUCGAUUCUGUAUUAGGUGUUGGUCCGAAAGAAUCCCUGGCUCCAACUCAACCAGAACUUGAGCCUGUACAUCAAAUUGCGUCUGAAAGUCGGCAAGAAGCCAAACCGCCUCAACGAUCCCAAUCUCACCUGCCCGAACCACCAGAAAGGAAAGAUCUGAUUGACUUGAGCCAAGUGAUUGGUAAUGCUGUCAAGGUUGCCAUUAGUGGACUGGAGAGCCCAUCGGCUGAACACGAGACUGAACCUACCGGUCCCAAUAAUAAUGAAUCAACCGAUACAGACCUUGAAGCCGCCAUUGGUAACGCGCUUCUGAUGUUCACAUCUGAACAGGUAAAAGAAAACGAUGAUGAUGAGGAUUUGGAUGACGCUAUUGGACAGGCUUUCCAAACUGUAUUGGGUGCUGACCUCACGAAUAAAGAAAACAACAGAGAACGGAGUAAAGCAGAUGCAGAUGCAGACUUAGAACAAGCCAUUAGCGAUGCUUUAAGUAUCGCUGCCCCUCUCAGAGGCACCCAGGAAGGCAAUGAAGAGCUUGAGCAUAUCAUAUCCGAAGCAUUCACGCUGGUGCUUGAAGAUCGUCGGCCACGACGCGAUCUGAUUCUCCAUGUCGCGUCUGUUAUGCGUCAAUCGUUGGAUACUGAGAUAGAAGCAUCUCUGAUGGACAGUAUUAUUGAAAAUGCAUUCUCGAUGGCCAUGGCGCGGCUGACGACAACGCCUGCGCCGGAACUCUCUAGAUUGGUGCUGAACCUCUCAGCAAAGUAUGGGCCGUCGAAACGCGGGGCUCCAGAGAAGCAGGCUCGUGAAAGAGAGUUCACUUUAACAUCGUUGAAGGUGGCUCGGCAUUACGUUGAGGGUCUGGAGUUAGAAGGCUCUGCUGUAUUACUUUCAAACUUGUUAAAUGAUCACACGCCUGGUGCAGCUAAUGAUCAUGAAGUUCCCUGGGUCAAUCCUAGUUACAUUUCGACAAUUGCCACGCAAGUGAUAUCAGCUCUUUCCAUUGAAUGUCGAUGUACUUCUGAUGGAUUGAAUUCAACAACGUCGCCAUCAUCCGAUGCGUCUCUUUCACCAUCAAUAAAGCUCAGAGCUGACAGUCGUGAGCGGAAGAAGCAAUGGCGUCUUGAGAAUGUCGAGCGCAAUUUGGAUAUUGAGCUCAAACAACGAGUGACGCGACGAGCUAUAACACUUUACGGCGAAGAAGAUAAUGCAGACCGACGCAAGUGGAUUGAGGAAGAAUUUACUCGUCGACGUGACCGUCGCUAUGCCAGAAACAAGCGGGCUCGCGGGCAUGAUAAGGAAAUGGUGGAGUCAUUGACUCGAAACCCUCAUCUUGCGUCUCCAGUGACAAGCUUGUUUACCUUGAGCUCUGCUCUCUUCAACAAUGUGUCUGUGGAGUCUGUUUCUGCGUGUGUACUAGCGACUGCCACUGCAGGGGCACUCUAUGCACAUGAGCAUGAAGUUGUCGAUAUAAAGCUUAUUCUGGUCGCAGUUUUCAAUAUCUUGAUGGAAUCCAUGGAGCGCCAGCCUCUACAGGAACGACUUCUCAAUCUUCGCACAGGAUUGACUGGACUGAGUGCGCCCUACUUUCCUGGCGACUCUCCUCCAUCUCCAGAAGAAGAUGAUCCCCAUGUCAGUGUGUUCUUUGACAUCGCCAAACAAAUUCAAGGGCUUGCCGAUAACGUACUGAGAAAACGACCUCGAGUUCUGGACUCGCUGGGCUCUAAGCGCGCAAAGUACGAUGGUCAUUAUCCAACUUUGGCUCUUCCUGCAACACUGCCAUUCAUUCUGAACAAGCUCAAUCAACCGUCAUCAGGAGGUUCUACUCCGCAACCAACUCCCCCCAAGCCUUAUGGAGGGCUCAGAAAGCCAGGUAGCUUUCAGCGGCCCCAGCCAAAGAUGAAACGUCAAUUUUCAUCUAUGUAUCAGUAA